CUUCGCUCUCCAAACUUCCAAUUCCAACCAGCUUUACUUGAUCGGUCGUAUCUCGCAGAAUAAUAUCUGCUCAUCGACUUUCGCGCCACCAACCUGACCAAUCGCUGAAUAAACACGCGAACAAAAAGGAAGGAAGAGGAAGAAACCAACAGAACAAGAGCCAACAAUGGCUGUAGCAACCAUCGACAUCAUGCCGAAGCCGGCAUCCUCCUCCCCUCUCUCCUCCAACAACCCCUCCAUGAACAAGCGCUGGCCUCCUCUCGCCGACAAGACUUCCCUCCCCUACAAGCUCACCACCCUGUCGCGCCAAAAGCUCGCCCGUGAGGCCACAGCCCCGGACCCAGAUAUCAGACGGUGCCUCGGCCACUUCCGUCUACAUGUUAUCUCGAUGGAGUGGGCACAGAAGGACAUGUCGACUCGCAUCAACUCUUUCGAGCUGGAAGACGACGAGUCCGAAGAGGAAGAGGAAGACAACCGGUGCGAUGACACCCAAGACAAGAAGGACUGCGACGAGAGUGAUACCAGCGACGAGGCCAAGGAGGAGUCAAAGGACCUUGACACCAAGGUCGAGGACGCUACCGUCGAGAAGCCUUCGGACAAGGAGUCCGUCCACCUCACCUUCUCCGUCUCCUUCGAACAAUCUGCUCCUGCCCCUACACCUUCGUCUCCCGAGAGCGACAGGGAAGAAAAAGGCCUCAUUGAGAAGGGCCGCAAUUGUCUCGAGAAGACGAAACACUUCUGGCCGUCGCCGCCACAGUGCAUACCCGUUCGCAUUGCCGGGUAACUGGAGCCUACUAUUACUAUCACCGCCACUACCAGCACCAGCCUGCAACCACGCUCACGACGCAACGAAUCUCAUAAUCUCAUUUCCAACAUAUAUAUUAGGGCGGGAAAGCGCAAGCGCAGGAUCAGGAGUUUCAGGGAAUGGUUCACCGCGAACCAAUCACCAAUCAUAUCAUAUCCCAUCAUGUAUCUAAUAGAAA